AUGACGGGUAGGAAUGAAAAUGACGAUUUUGCCUCAAUAUGGAAUAUACUUGCUUCGUCGAUACGGGAAAUACACACAAAAAACUCCUCCCAGCUCUCAUUUGAAGAGCUUUAUCGCAAUGCCUACAAGCUAGUCCUGCGGAAGCAGGCUAUGGACCUGUACGAAAAAGUUGCCGAGUUAGAAAAAGAUUGGCUAUACAAUGACGUUCGUAAGCAAGUCGCGAGCCUGAUCACUCCAGCUCUCCUUACCAUUACGGACUCUGCCGACGCAACUGAGCAUGCAAACGAAAGAAAAGCAGCUGGAGAGCGGCUACUGGCCAAGCUUAAAGAAGUCUGGGAAGAUCACCAGCUCUGCAUGGGUAUGAUUACCGAUGUCCUGAUGUACAUGGACCGGGUUGUGAUGCAAGAACUCCGAAGUCAGUCCAUAUACGACACGUCAAUGGGUUUAUUCCGUGACUGUGUGCUAAGAGCAGAUAUUGGCGGUGAGAACGGCACGAUUGGCUCCGUUUUCGAAAAUACACUCCUGUUCAUGAUCCUGCUUGAACGCGAGGGAGUGAUAAUAGACCGUACGUUGAUUAAACACUGUGUUUACCUGUUGGAAGGCCUCUAUGAAGAUGGUAUUGAAGACUCAACUGGGAAAUUAUACCAUACCACCUUCGAACCUGCAUACCUUGAGGCAAGCCGCAGAUACUACGCAGCGGAGGGCCAGCGGCUACUUACAACCACUGAUGCAGCAACAUUUUGCAAGAGAGUCACAGCUAGGAUCAGAGCAGAGCAGUCAUUGUGUCAGCAGACUUUAUCUCCUGUGACAGAAGCCAAGGUCAUGGAAGUCAUCGAUGACUGCCUAAUCAGACACUAUAUCGGAGAGGUAAUACGUAUGGAUGAUAGCGGAGUUAAAUACAUGAUCCAGAAUGACCGAUUGGAAGACCUUAAGAAUGUUUUCGAACUUAUUGCUCGCAUUGAUGCGAAGAAAGUUGCAUUGACCAAGGUUGUUCAACAGACAGUUAUUGAAUACGGGACUGCUGUCAACACCGCUGCUAAAGAGCUCUCACAAAACCCACCAGCUCCUUCAGCGACAGACCAGGGGAAGAAAUCCUCGGUACCAGAUGAAAAGCAGCCGGUUGCAAAUCUGCAGACUGCGGCGGCGAUCAAGUGGGUGGAUGAUGUUUUAAAACUGAAAGCGAAAUUUGAUCGAAUAUGGGAAGAGGCUUUUAUCAAGGACCAGGCAUUGCAGACCGCUCUUACCCUCAGUUUCUCAGACUUCAUCAAUGUCAAUCCUCGAGGCACUGAGUACCUGUCCCUCUUUUUUGACGAGAACUUGAGAAAAGGCAUCAAGGGCAAGACGGAAGAAGAAGUUGAUGCCCUGAUUGAUAACGGCAUUACCUUGCUAAGAUACAUUCGAGAUAAAGACCUCUUCGAAACGUACUAUAAAAAGCAUUUGUCACGUCGUCUGCUUAUGAAACGGUCAGCAAGCAUGGACGCUGAGCGACAAAUGAUUACAAAAAUGAAGAUGGAAGUAGGAAACACAUUUACACAGCGGUUGGAGUCCAUGUUCAAGGACAUGGCUGUCUCUGCUGAUCUCACUACUAGCUAUCGGGAUUAUAUUGGAAACAAUUCUCGGAUCGAACUAGAGAUGAGUGUCCUCACAAGUACCAUGUGGCCCAUGGAGAUCAUGAGCAGUCACAACAGAGAAGGCCAGGUGCAGCUUCCUUGCAUCUUCCCGAAAAAUGUUGAAUCUCUCAAGCAGAGCUUUGAACGAUUCUACCUCGACAAGCACAGCGGGAGGAAACUAUCGUGGCUCCCAGGUAUGGGUACAGCCGACAUUCGCGCGACGUUCACACGACCAAAUGGCAAAGUUGAACGGCAUGACUUGAAUGUCUCUACGUACGCAAUGGUUAUCCUGCUUCUAUUUAAUGAUUUGCCUUCCGGCGAAUCCCUUACAUUCGAAGAAAUCCAGGAAAAGACCAGGAUUCCCACCAAUGAACUUAUCCGAAACCUUCAAUCCCUUGCCGUGGCACCAAAGACUCGUGUGCUUCGAAAAGAGCCUAUGAGCAAAGGCGUGCAGCCAUCCGAUAAGUUCUCGUUCAACGAGCAGUUCACCAGCAAGUUCACGAGGCUGAAGAUUGGUGUCGUCAGCGCCAGCGGGAACAAAGUAGAAAACAAGGAAGAGAGAACAGACACUGAGAAAAAGACCAGUGAAGAGCGAGGCAACACGAUUGAAGCUGCCAUUGUUCGAAUCAUGAAGUAA